ACACUCAAUGGCCCAAACUGUUUUAUAAACAGAACCCACAUAUAUAGGGCUUUGUCGAAACGGGUUUACCCAAUUCUCAUCCUCCGUAGCCAUGGUGAAGAACAGAAACAAGAAGAAGAAAAAUGGCGUUGCUCCAAUGGAUUGCAUUGAUAAUAAGACGACCAAGGUCUCUCAAGUUAUCUCAGAUAUGGAUACUUCAGAGGCCGCUGCUCCGAUACCUUCUUCGACAGGCGUUCACAUAAAGGUCAAGAGUGUACAAAUGAAAAGAAUGAAGAAUGUCCGAAAGAAGAAAGCCAUUGCAAAAGCUGAAUCUAAAUUAGAGAAAAUGGAGGAAAAAGUCGCAAAGAAGGAAAACAAGUUAAAGAGAAUCCGAUUUGCCAAAAACCUAUAUGACUGAGACAUUAUUAAAUGUACCCUUGUUAAUCCUUUUGGCAUUUCCUUUUGCAGAUUGUCAAAAUUUUCACUCGUAUUGUAUAUUAAUUAUCUAUCCGAACACUUUUACCUAUACCUUAGACAGUUAUUUUUUUAAAUUAGACAUUUAGUAAUACCCAAAUCGAUUGUAUUGAAUGAUUUUGUUGAAAUUUAUGAAGCUUUGGCUAAACUCAUUGAAGUGGCUAGAUUAGAUAA